AUGCUUCGUUCUCGAGCCCCUCUGCGGGUUUCUGGAGAUGAAGCCCUCUCGGAAUCUUCGAAUUCUACUUCUCCGGAGCGUGCUGCGGAUGACGAUACUGAUUUCUUCAUGCACUUGGCGAACGACUCUGAGUCUUCUGUGGGCAUGGGAACCUUUCGAGACCUCAAUGUCAAAACCAACCAGAAUACCGUUCUUCCCCCCAUCUCACGCUUGCCUCCUGAACUUCUCAUCUCCAUAUUCGCAAAACUCAACUCCCCCACAGAUAUGCUGAGCUGCAUGCAGGUUUCUCGAAGUUGGGCAGUCAAUUGCGUAGGAAUUCUGUGGCAUAGACCCUCAUGUAAUACCUGGGAGAAUCUGGAAAAGGUGGUAAAAGUAUUCAAAGAAACGAACAGCUAUUUUCACUACUACGAUCUGGUUAAACGGUUAAACUUGUCCGCACUGAGCAACAAGAUCUCUGACGGAUCUGUUGUCCCCUUCGCAAGCUGCAAACGGAUCGAACGCCUCACUUUGACCAACUGCUCAAUGCUGACGGACAAUGGGGUUUCUGAUCUUGUUGAAGGAAACAAACAUCUCCAGGCUUUGGAUGUAUCUGAGCUAAAGUCUCUGACAGAUCAUACACUGCUUAUUGUCGCCAAGAACUGCCCGAGACUUCAAGGAUUGAACAUUACUGGCUGUGCCAAGGUCACAGACGAGUCGUUGAUUGCUAUUGCUAAAAGUUGUCGUCAAAUUAAGAGGCUUAAAUUAAAUGGGGUCACCCAAGUCACCGAUCGAUCAAUACAAGCUUUUGCUGCCAACUGCCCGUCGAUGUUGGAGAUCGACCUUCAUGGAUGCAGACAAGUGACCAGUUCAUCGGUCACUGCGCUACUGUCCACACUUCGGAACCUUCGAGAGCUGCGCCUGGCACAAUGCGUCGAAAUCGAGAACUCAGCUUUCCUUAAUAUCCCCGAUGGGUUGAUAUUUGAUAGCCUCAGGAUAUUGGACCUGACAGCGUGCGAAAACCUCAGAGAUGAUGCCAUACACAAAAUCAUCAACUCUGCACCAAGAUUGAGAAACCUGGUUUUAGCAAAAUGUAGAUUCAUUACAGACCGUUCUGUGUUUUCCAUUUGCAAACUGGGCAAGAACAUCCACUACGUCCAUCUUGGCCAUUGUUCCAACAUUACCGAUGCAGCUGUCAUUCAACUGGUUAAAUCAUGCAACCGUAUCCGAUAUAUUGAUCUGGCAUGCUGCAAUCGAUUGACCGAUACAAGUAUUCAACAACUGGCUACUCUUCCGAAGCUGAGACGGAUUGGUCUCGUCAAGUGUCAGUCAAUCACCGACCGCAGUAUUCUUGCGCUGGCAAAAUCCAGAGUGUCUCAGCACCCUUCGGGAACUAGUUGUUUGGAACGAGUACAUCUUAGCUAUUGCAUUCACUUGACUAUGGAAGGAAUCCAUUCCCUGCUCAACAACUGCCCACGUCUUACCCAUCUUAGUCUUACUGGCGUGCAGGCAUUUCUUCGAGAAGACUUAACAGCAUUUUGCCGUGAAGCCCCUGUCGAAUUCACACAACAACAGCGUGAUGUUUUCUGUGUAUUUAGCGGCGAAGGAGUUAGUCGUUUGCGUGACUUUCUCAACCGUGCGGCCGUCACUUAUCGUCAAGAGACUGUGGAGGGAACUAUGUAUGAUGAUGCUGAUGAGUUAGAUGAAGAGGAGGGUCAAGUGACCGGCCUUAUGCAUGCCACCGUAAUUAAUGAUGAGGAGGACAAUGAAAUGGCUGAUGGAGUAACCGCGACGCCACCACUCGACUGA